AUGAUGACGACGACGACAACGGCCUCGCGACACCCAUCCACAAUCUUUCACAAGACCUCGCUCCUAACCCUCCUCUUAACAACGCCAAUCUUCGCUCACGCCGAAACCCUCUCGCUCGCGACCCAGACCUCCAACCAUCAAAGCGUCGUAAUCUAUACCGCCAAACCCCUCACGACGCCCGCGCCGAGUGACCUGCCGCUGGAGAUCUGGGCGGCUGCGAAUGGGUUGCUGUCCGAGUACUAUCCUUCUACGAAGCCGAAGCAGUACGCGACGCAGUCCUGGCCGCAGACGCUUGUGAUUAAUGGGUUGACGUUGGAGGUGCAGCCGGGGGAGAUGCCGACUUUGAGUCGCGAGAGCCGGACUUCGUCGAGUACAGUAAGCACCACGAGUGGGAUAUCGACGAAGUCGACGUCGGAUGUGCAUGAGGCGACGAGCAGUGCGACGCCGAGGGAUGAUGAUGCUGGUGGCGGAAGCGGAGAUCGAACAGUCGGGAUCGUAAUCGGGGUGGGGAUUAUAUUCAUCGCAUUGGCGAUGUUGUUGGUGAUAAUGUGCCUUCUCUGGCGGAGGAAGAAUUCCACGGGGACGUUUUUCAAGCCGGCGCGGUAUUCGCUUUCGUCGGUCAUGACAGAGACGAUUCGAGGGAGAAUGGGGAGGGGCCAGUCGUGGAUUUCGCCUAUGGGGGCCAGGCAGUUGGAGAAGGAGAAGGCGAGGCGGUUGGAGCAGGGUGAUGAGGGCGAUAUUGCACCCAGUCCGACAAUAUAUCGCGUGAGCACGAUUCGGGCGGUGGAUCUGUCCAGUCCGCCGGAGUCCACAUAUUCGAGUCGGCCGUCGGUGGAGCGGCUGAGGUCGAAACGGCUGGUCUCGAGAGGCAUGUGGACUGAAGUGAAGCCGCACGAGUUGGAGGGGGACCAGGCAGCGAGGGCCGAGUUGUCGGCGGAGUCUCCCACAGAGAAGGCGGCGUGGCGGAAGACUCAAUCCUCGGGCACAUUGCGUCAAGUCUUUGACGAUGGAGAGACCACGCCGAAAGCACGUACUGCACGACCGCUCGUGGUGACUAUGAGCCCCACGACGUCGUCAUCAGAUAUGUUGGCAUCCAGGGAUGGCCAGGUCUCGAGAGACGGGCCUGCAACAUCGUCCUCAGGCCAAGGGGAGUCUCGGGAUGAGAUCACACCCAUAGUGACACCCAUACCCAGCUAUCGGGAUCGAAGGCCACCCGAACUCUUACUUCCUUCUGCGAACAACCGCUUCCGAGACCAACGACUGGCACCGCUCGUCCAUUUCCAAGACGACCACAGCUCUCCUGGUGUAUCCCCUCUAUACCGCAGCCCAGGCAUCUCGAACUCUCCAUCACCGAACUUUCGAACCAUCGGCUUCUCGCCAUCACCCUCGCCGCAUUUCCCAGAACGACGAGUCUCCCCAAUGGUUCAUUACCCCUCCUUCGACGAAGUACGCGGCUUCGAAUUUAACGAGGGAGACUCCACACCCCGUCGUCCAAGCUAUACCAGUCUCACGGAUGGCGGAGAUGGAUGGCAGCCCGGUGGCGAUAAUGUCUUCGGAAGGUACGAGAUGGCGUGA